UUUCUGUACUGUAUUUUAUUUCAAAAUAGGCAUCCUCUCACUUUUCACUUCCUGGGGACUUACACCUCAAGAUUGUUCUGUGUCAUUUGAGUUUAAACGAACUGCAGAAUCCGUUUACCUUUCUUUUUUGGAAAAAUGUUCCGGAAGCGAAACCCUGAGUAAUCGGAAGUGAUUAAGCGUGAAGAGGCGCUUGACGUCUGGAGGGUUUGGGCGGGCCGCUUCGGAAUGGAAGAGGAGUAUGCGGAGUUAACUUGGUGACGCCGGGGAGAGGAGCCUGUAAAGUGAAGCCCCUGAAAUACGAAGAGUACAAAUCUUAAAGGUAUUUCAAUAGGAGUCUUGGAGUUCAUGUUCAUUGAUUAAGGGGAAAAAAUGACUACACUGAAAAGUUUACAAACCAGAGUGACCCUCACGUCACCCCCCAUCCGAGGAGCAGGAGAUGGAAUGGAAACUGAGGAGCCACCUAAAUCGGUUGAAGUCACAUCUGGAGUCCAAUCUAGAAAGCAUCACACCCUUCAGAGUCCAUGGAAGAAAGCUGUUCAAUCAGAGAGCCCAGGAGUUCUUCAGUUAGGGAAAAUUCUCACUGAAAAAGCAGUGGAAGUCAAAGCUGUAAGAAUAUUAGUUCCCAAAGCUGCUAUAACUCAUGAUAUCCCCAACAAAAAUGCAAAGGUUAAGUCAAUGGGAUAUCAUAAAGGAGAAUGUCUUGGUCAGUCAGAGGGAGUUAUAGAACCUAACAAAGAACUCUCAGAGGUAAAGAAUGUAUUGGAAAAGCUCAAGAACUCUGAAAGAAGGUUAUUACAGGACAAGGAAGGUCUUUCAAACCAGCUCCGAGUACAGACAGAGGUAAAUCGUGAGUUAAAAAAGUUGUUGGUGGCUUCUGUUGGGGAUGAUCUUCAGUAUCACUUUGAACGUCUAGCCCGUGAGAAAAAUCAGCUUAUUUUAGAAAAUGAAGCACUAGGUCGAAACACCGCUCAACUUUCUGAACAGUUAGAACGUAUGUCAAUACAGUGUGAUGUAUGGCGAAGUAAAUUCCUUGCAAGCAGGGUGAUGGCAGAUGAAUUAACCAACUCCAGAGCAGCUUUACAGCGUCAAACCCGAGAGGCACACAGUGCCAUACAAGAUCUCUUGAGUGAACGAGAACAGUUUCGUCAAGAAAUGAUAGCCACACAGAAGUUACUGGAGGAGCUCUUAGUCUCCUUGCAGUGGGGAAGACAGCAAACUUACUCCCCUAGUGCACAACCCCACAGCACAGCAGAACUAGCAUUAACAAAUCACAAGUUGGCAAAAGCAGUAAAUUCUCAUCUUCUGGGAAAUGUUGGCAUUAGCAGUCAAAAAAAGAUUCCAUCAACAGUUGAAUUCUGCAGCACCCCUGCUGAGAAAAUGGCCGAAACGGUUCUACGCAUUUUAGAUCCAGUUACCUGUACGGAGAGUGCAUCUGAUAAUUCGUUUUUUGAGUCUUCACCAACCACCUUACUUGCUACAAAGAAAAAUAUUGGACGAUUUCACCCCUAUACUAGAUAUGAAAAUAUAACUUUCAAUUGCUGUAAUCACUGCCAGGGAGAACUUAUUGCCCUUUAACAUUCAGUAUGUUGCAGGCAUGGUCCAGGUACUUGCUUAUUACCCAAGAGUCAUUAUUUGAGGGCUGAGGUGCUUAUAGUGCUAGAAGUAUUAUCACUUCCUAUUUAAAAAACAUAUAUACCCAAAGAUGUUUUAUGUACUAGAAUCCAAAGUACCCUUUCUUAAUAAAUAUCUCAGGGUAAGAAAAGAAUGCAUUGUAUAGGUGUAUUUAAAAUGGAGAAUACUUUUCAAGCAAUAGACAAUGCUUUCCUAAAGGACUUUAAAAGAUUCUUUAACUUUCUUUUGGGCCCUAAAUUAUUUAUCUUAUUGGAUAUUUUAUACGUAUAGGUUUAAUUGUGAUAUGCUUAAUCAAGGAUAGGCAAACUACAACCACAGGCCACAUAGGACCACAUCCAUUAAUUUACUAUUAUCUAAGCUAUUUUUAUACUACAACCACAGAGUUGAAUAGAUGUAGCAGGCCUUGCAUCACCUGUAGAGCCUAAAAUAUUUACUAUCUAGUCCUUUACAGGAAAAAUUUUCUGACCUCUACUCUGAUAAUAGUUGUGGGGUGUAAGAAGGUUCUUUCCCUUUAUAGAAAUAUUUUGAGCUAUAAAAGAGGGUUACAGAAAUACUAUGGAUAAGGUGACUAAUCUUUUAAAAAUUAUGUGGUAUAAGAAAAAUAAAUAUGCACUCUGGGAGGCCAACGUGGCCAGAUCACCUAAGCUCACUAGUGCCAGACCAACCUCAGCUAGAGCGAGACCCCACCUCUAAAAAUAACUAAGCAUUGUGGAGGCUGAGGCAAAAGAAUUGCUUGAGCCCAGGAGUCUGUGAGCUAUGAUGCCACAGCACUCUACCAGGGGCAACAAAGUGAGACUCUGUCUCAAAAAAAAAGAAAGAAAAAUAUUUUAGAGACAAAUUAACAAGUACUUCAGCAAAACAUUGGUUGUAUGCAGGAGAUUCUGUAUACUAAAUGUACAAAAUCUGACAUUUAAAAGCAGCAUUCUUAACUAUUGACAACUGUUAUGUACAAUAGGAAUAUUCAACUUGAUAUUUAUAAAAUGUGAUAAAGAAAGUAGAAUCUUUCUAGAACAUUUAUAAACUCAAAAACAAUCUAUCAAUUUAUACAUAUUAUGUAAAAUAUAGUGUAUAUUUAUGAUGAGCCAUCAAAAAUGCCCUUUUAUUGGCCUUCAAAAAUAGUCACAAAAUAUUUAUACCAAAAAUACAAAUUAGUUGCAAAAGUGCCUAUCAGUAGAAAAAUCUUCAGUAGAUAAAUUUGGCCAAGUAAUAAUAUAUGAGGUCAAUUAAUAAAGCUCACAAACUCAUCCUAGAAAAAGUGCUACAUACCUCAUUGCUGAGUAUCACUACAGUCUCCUUUGAGGUACUUUCCUUUGGAAGCUAUGCACCAACGCCAGCACCUAAUCCACCCUUCAAAUCAGUUUUGGAGCUAUUUUUCUGGUAUGGCCACCAGAGCUAUUGUCAUAUCAUCCUUGAUGUCCUAAAUAAAUGUCAUCAAUAUUGUCCUUUCAA